AUGCACGACCUUGGUUUGUUGACUGUGAUUAUCCGAAGCUGGGAGGAUCUCACUGUUGUUGGAAUAGUGGACCUCGAAUGGUCAUACAUCGGACCAGCCCAGCUGUUCGGCUCAGCACCGUGGUGUCUUCUUCAAGAUAGACCCGUCAACAGCGCAUGGGACUGUGAGGACGACAAGCCGCCCAAGAUUACCGCCCGGUACUUCAAGUACCUGGAGAUUUUCACACGCAUCUUAGAGGAGGAAGUGGCAGAAGUGCCUGGAUAUGAAGAGCGUAAGCUCUCCAGUCUCGUCAAGUGGUCACAAACCUCCGGAGCCAUGUAG